AUGGCGCUGCUGUCGCUGCUGCCACCGCUGCUGCCGCUGCUGCUGGCGGUGCCGGCGGGCUCCGCCGAGGGCGCGGCGGUGGCACUCACCCCCGAGCGGCUUCUCGAGUGGCAGGAUAAAGGGAUCUUCAUUAUCCAAAGUGAGAACCUCGAGAAAUGCAUUCAAGCUGGCAAAUCUACACUGACCCUGGAGAGUUGCAAACCACCCAACAAGUACAUGCUGUGGAAGUGGGCUUCAAACCACCGCCUCUUUAACAUCGGAGGCAGCGGCUGCCUAGGUCUGAAUGUGUCUAAUCCAGAGCAGCCACUGAGCAUAUACGAGUGUGAUUCCACCCACAUUUCCUUGAAGUGGCGCUGUAACAGGAAGAUGAUCACCGGCCCGCUCCAGUACAUGGUCCAGGUGAAGCACGACAACACGCUUGUGGCCUCCUGGAAAUAUCUUCAUAAGUGGGUUUCCUAUAUGUCAGGCGGUGGAGGCAUUUGUGAAUAUCUGCACAAAGAUUUGUAUACAAUCAAAGGGAACGCCCACGGGACACCGUGCAUGUUUCCCUUCCAGUAUAACCGGCAGUGGCAUCAUGAAUGUACCCGGGAAGGGCGGGAAGACAACUUGCUGUGGUGUGCCACGACCAGCCGAUACGAAAGAGAUGAGAAGUGGGGAUUUUGCCCAGAUCCCACAUCUACAGAGGUGGGUUGUGACGCUGUCUGGGAGAAGGAUCUCAAUUCACACAUUUGCUACCAAUUCAACCUGCUUUCCUCCCUCUCCUGGAGCGAGGCACACUCUUCAUGCCAGAUGCAAGGAGGUGCUUUAUUAAGUAUUGCAGAUGAGACUGAAGAAAAUUUCGUAAGGAAAAACGAUGCUUGGAAAUAUUAUGCUACCCACUGUGAGCCUGGCUGGAAUCCCCACAAUCGUAAUUGCUAUAAACUUCAGAAAGAAAAAAAGACCUGGAAUGAAGCUUUGCAUUCUUGCCAGUCCAAUAACAGUGCAUUAAUAGACAUAGAUUCGUUAGCAGAAGUGGAGUUUCUUGUAACCUUCCUUGGAGAUGAAAAUGCAUCAGAAACAUGGAUUGGUUUGAGCAGCAAUAAAAUUCCAGUUUCCUUUGAAUGGUCUGAUGGCUCCUCAGUCAUCUUUACUAAUUGGCACACACUUGAGCCCCAUAUUUUUACAAAUAGAAGCCAGCUAUGUGUCUCAGCGGAGCAAUCUGAGGGACACUGGAAAGUUAAAAAUUGCAAAGAAACACUUUUUUACGUUUGUAAGAAAACAGGCCGUGUCCUUUCCGACACUGAAUCAGGUUGCCAAAAGGGAUGGGAGAGACAUGGUGGAUUCUGUUACAAAAUUGACACUGUCCUUCGAAGCUUUGACCAUGCCUCCAGUGGUUACUACUGUCCUCCUGCACUUGUAACCAUUACAAACAGGUUUGAACAGGCUUUUAUUACCAGUUUGAUCAGUAGUGUGGUAAAAACGAAGGACACUUAUUUUUGGAUAGCUCUUCAAGAUCAAAAUGAUACAGGAGAAUACACUUGGAAGACGGCAGGGCAGAAGACAGAGCCGGUGAAAUACACACACUGGAAUGCACGUCAGCCCCGCUACAGUGGUGGCUGUGUUGUCGUUCGAGGAAGGAGUCCCCCUGGUCGCUGGGAAGUGAAGGACUGUAGACACUUUAAGGCAAUGUCCCUGUGCAAGCAACCAGUGGAAAAUCAGGAGAAACCUGAGCAAGAAGAGAGAUGGCCCUUUUCCCCCUGCUAUUUGGAUUGGGAGUCAGAGCCUGGCCUGGCCAGUUGCUUCAAGGUAUUUCAUAGUGAAAAAGUUCUGACGAAAAGAACAUGGAGAGAAGCUGAAGAAUUUUGUGAAGAAUUUGGAGCUCAUCUUGCAAGCUUUGCCCAUAUCGAGGAAGAGAAUUUUGUGAAUGAGCUUUUACAUUCAAAAUUUAAUCGGACAGAAGAAAGGCAGUUCUGGAUUGGAUUUAACAAAAGAAACCCACUGAAUGCUGGCUCUUGGGAGUGGUCUGAUGGAACUCCUGUUGUCUCUUCAUUUUUAGACAAUAAUUAUUUUGGAGAAGAUGCGAGAAAAUGUGCUGUUUAUAAGGCAAAUAAAACGUUGCUACCCUCAUACUGUGGUUCCAAACGUGAAUGGAUAUGCAAAAUUCCAAGAGAUGUGAGACCCAAGAUUCCACCCUGGUACCAGUAUGAUGCACCCUGGCUCUUUUAUCAGGAUGCAGAGUACCUUUUUCAUACCUCUGCCUCGGAAUGGUCCUCCUUUGAGUUUGUCUGUGGCUGGCUGCACAGUGAUAUUCUCACUAUUCAUUCUGCACGUGAACAAGAAUUCAUCCACGGCAAAAUAAGAGCGCUAUCAAAAUAUGGUGUAAACUGGUGGAUUGGACUUCGGGAAGAAAGAGCCAAUGAUGAAUUUCGCUGGAGAGAUGGAUCACCAAUAAUAUACCAGAACUGGGACAAAGGAAAAGAAGAAUCCAUGAUUAAACAGAGCCAGAGAUGUGGCUUCAUUUCAUCCAUAACAGGACUCUGGGCUAGUGAAGAGUGUUCAGUUUCUAUGCCUAGCAUCUGUAAGCGAAAAAAGUUUUGGAUCAUAGAGAAAGAGAAAGAUACACCAGGAAAACAUGGAACAUGUCCCAAAGGAUGGUUAUAUUUUGACUAUAAGUGCCUUUUGAUGAAAAUCCCCAAGGACCCAAGCGAUUGGAAGAACUGGACAUCUGCUCAAGAUUUUUGUGUUGAAGAAGGGGGGACACUUGUCGCCAUUGAAAAUGAGGUGGAACAAGCUUUCAUUACUAUGAAUCUUUUUGGCCAUACCACUAAUGUGUGGAUAGGGUUACACAAUGAUGAUUAUGAAAAAUGGCUAAAUGGAAGGCCCGUGUCAUUUUCUAAUUGGUCCCCAUUUGAUAUAGUAAAUAUUCCAUCUCAUAACACCACCGAAGUUCAAAAACGCAUUCCUCUCUGUGCCUUGCUGUCAAAUAAUCCUAAUUUUCAUUUCACUGGAAAAUGGUAUUUUGAAGACUGUAGAGAAGAAGGCUAUGGGUUUGUUUGUGAAAAAAUGCAGGAUACUUCUGGACACAGUAUAAAUACAUCUGAUAUGUACCCAAUCCCCAAUACCUUAGAAUAUGGAAACAGAACUUACAAAAUAAUUAAAGCAAAUAUGACUUGGUAUACAGCACUAAAAACCUGCCUGAUGCACGGAGCAGAACUGGUCAGCAUUACAGACCAGUACCACCAGUCUUUCCUCACUGUUAUCCUCAACCGGCUAGGACAUGCCCACUGGAUUGGACUGUUCACUGAAGAUAAUGGUCUUAAUUUUGACUGGUCAGAUGGCACCAAAUCCUCCUUCACUUUUUGGAAAGACGAUGAGUCAUCCUUCCUGGGUGACUGUGUUUUCGCCGACACCAGUGGACACUGGAGUAGCACAGCCUGUGAGUCAUAUCUGCAAGGAGCCAUUUGUCAUGUGCCCACAGAAACAAGACCAUUUGGAUACCCAGAGUUGUGCUCAGAAACAUCUAUUCCCUGGAUAAAAUUCAAAAGUAAUUGCUACAGUUUUUCUACAGUCUUAGACAGUACGAGUUUUGAGGCUGCUCAUGAAUUUUGCAAAAAGGAAGGAUCUAAUCUUUUAACAAUCAAAGAUGAAGCUGAAAAUUCAUUUCUCCUAGACCAGCUUUUAGCUUUCAGUUCUUCUGUCAAGAUGGUUUGGCUGAAUGCUCAGUUUGAUGGUGACAAUGAAACCAUAAAGUGGUUUGAUGGAACUCUCGCAGACCAGUCAAACUGGGGUAUUAGGAAGCCAGAGAUGGACCACGUCAAACCCCAUCUGUGUGUUGCCCUGAGGAUUCCCGAAGGAGUGUGGCAGUUAUCCUCAUGUCAAGACAAAAAAGGAUUUAUAUGUAAAAUGGAAGCAGAUAUUCACACAGUAAAGGAGGAUCCAGGAAAAUGACCAAGUCACAGCAUUAUACCCCUUGCAGUAGCAGUGACACUGAUAGUAAUUCUGGCAAUUUCCAUACUUUCCUUCUGCAUAUACAAGCACAAUAGUGGUAUCUUCAGGAGACUUGCACAGUUUGGAAAUCCUUACUAUCCUGCAACCAACUUUAGUACAGUACAUUUAGAAGAAAAUAUUCUCAUUCCUGAUCUUGAGAAGAAUGACCAAUAA